AUGAAACAAAAUAUCUGGAGUGGGUCAAUACCCAACUGUAAACAUUUGUCUGAAAAGCAAGCAAGGUGGAUCCACAAAUUCAAACCAGCUGUUUAAACAAUUUUAAACAGAAAGAGAAAGAGAAAGAGAGUUAGAGAGAGAAGCAUCGUUAUCAUUGGAACAACGCAAAAGCAAAAGGACAAGAUUCAACACAUAAUGACAACAGAGGAGCCGCAGCACAACUCACAAACAAUGCUGUGUAUGAAGAAGAAGAAGAUGUCCGAGAUGAUGAUGAUCGACGCCGCCGACACCGACUCCCCGCCCUUGCUCCACCACGACCAAGACUCCGCCCUCGCCGCCUUCCGCGCCAAGGAGGACGAGAUCGAGCGCCGCCGGAGCGAGAUCAGAGAGCGAGUGCAAGCUCAGCUCACGCGCGUCGAGGAAGAAGCCAAGCGCCUUCAACAAAUUCAUGGAGAGCUCGAAUCUGUGACGGAUCCGAUGAGGAAGGAAGUCGCAGCGAUUUGCAAGAGGGUCGAACUUGUUAAUCGAGAUGUGAAGUCGUUGGGAGUCCACUGUCAGAAGAAGGAAAAAGAGUAUAAAGAAUCGGUUGAGGCUUUCAAUGAGAAAAACAAAGAAAAGGGGCAACUCCUUGCCAAAUUAGCAGAGUUGAUGAGCGAAAGCGAGAAGUUGAGAUCGACCAAACUAGAAGAGCUGUGCAACAACAUAUAGAAAAUCGAACCCCUUUUACUAGGAUUUGUGUUCGUCGUCUAAUUAUAAUCAUCUUCUUUUUUAAGGUUUUCGUCUUGUUUGAUUGUCUGUUUGAAGAUUCUUUUGCCCUUUUCAAUUUUUUGUGAUUAGGAUUGAUUUCUUUUUUUUCUUUUCGUUUCAAUCUUAUGUGAUUAAGAUUGAAAAAAUCUCUAGAGGCAAGAUACUUGUGCAGUUUGUAUUUGGUUUCAGUUUAGAGGAUAAUGGAAGUCACAAUCAUUUCACCUAA